ACGUAUUUUUAUUUGGGACCAUAAAAAGCAGGCAACACCGAAAACAGUCAAUCUCAGCCGCCUAUAUGUCACAGAGGUUAAAGAUGGAUAAAAAGCAGAGAGCCUAGGGAAACAAAGCCUUUCUGUUUGUCUUGUCUUUGGUGCUGGGUAUUAAGCUCUCCCUGAACACAGACCAAAACAGCCAGAAAGAUUAAAGCUUUGUUGGUUUUGGGUUGUGGGUUUCACCCAGAAAGAUUAAAGCUUUUUAGAACAUAGAGACGAGUUGUUGCUUUCUCUCUGCUCUUGGUUCUCUGUGUGAUGGAGAUGAUAUAUUACCAGUCUUCUUACCAGGAGUCUUUGAAUGUUAUAGAGGCUGAUGUACAGCAUGCCAAUUCUCUAGCUGCUGCAAUUCCAAGAGCCAAGGGUGGUGUUCGUUUUGAAAUGAAAUUGGUUUACAAUCAUUGGGCUCCCCUCUUCCUGCUCUUGUUACAGUGGAUUGAUUCCUCUUGCACUUGUCUACUUCCAAGAUAUCUAAAUUUCUUCCAUAUACUUGUCUACAAGGUAUACACAGAUGGCAGGCCGAACAUUUCAACCCAUGGAAGGAAGGCAACUAUAAGGGAUUUCUAUUCUGUUAUCUUACCGUCUCUUCAGCGGCUUCAUGGGGAUUUUGGGGAAUUAGAUGAUGCUGAGGAAGAGCAUCCUAGCAUGAAAAUUUCUGGAAAGAAGAUAACUAAAGGAGAUAGUAGUCUUGGCAGUGCAAAGAUAGCUAAAGGAGAUAGCAGUCUUGGCAAUGCUGAGUUGGAGAGAGAAGAGGAGUGUGGGAUUUGCUUAGAGCCGUGCACCAAAAUGGUCUUGCCUAACUGCUGUCAUGAAAUGUGCAUCAAAUGUUACCGAAAUUGGAACAGAAAGUCGGAGGCCUGUCCUUUCUGUCGUGGUAAUAUAAAGAGAGUAAAUUCAGAAGACUUAUGGGUGCUCACUUGUAAUGAUGACGUUGUUGACACUGAAACGGUUUCAAGGGAGGACUUGUUGCGAUUCUAUCUCUACAUCAACAGCCUGCCAAAAGACUAUCCAGAUGCUCUUUUCUUGGUGUAUUAUGAGUACUCUAAUUUGAUUUGAAAAAGAAGAACAAAUUAAGAGCAGGCGAUGUACAGAAAGAAAAGAGGCUCCUGUCAAAUGUAAAUAGAAUCUGGUAAGGAACUUUUAUUUGAUUCUUACCCAGAAUAACAGUUCUAUGUUAUCCUUAUUUAAGUUUAGAAGUCAAGUGUAAGAUUGCUUCUUUAGUAAUAUCAAAAUUCUCAUUUCAGA